AUGCCCCGCUCCCAUUGUGUGAGAGAGACAGUAAAUACUGACACGGCUAGACUACUAAACAUUUAUUUCCCUCCCUGUAAACGCACUUUUUCUAAGGUGACAUUAGGCUGCCAUGGCUCGUACCAAGCAGACUGCCCGUAAGUCCACUGGAGGCAAGGCCCCGCGUAAGCAGCUUGCCACCAAAGCUGCCCGCAAGAGUGCUCCCUCUACUGGCGGGGUGAAGAAGCCCCAUCGUUACAGGCCCGGUACGGUGGCCCUGCGUGAGAUCCGCAGGUACCAGAAGUCCACAGAGCUGCUGAUCCGCAAGCUGCCCUUCCAGCGCCUGGUGAGGGAGAUUGCCCAGGACUUCAAGACCGACCUGCGUUUCCAGAGCGCCGCCAUCGGGGCCCUGCAGGAGGCCAGCGAGGCGUACCUGGUGGGCCUGUUCGAGGACACCAACCUGUGCGCCAUCCACGCCAAGCGCGUCACCAUCAUGCCCAAAGACAUCCAGCUGGCCCGCCGCAUCCGCGGAGAGCGCGCUUAGACACCUCUUAAUGUCCACCCCUUUCCUUCAUCCCUUCUCUGCUCCUCUCUCCCCACAAAGCCAGUCUGUCGAUCCCCCCCUCUCCUCGUACACUCCCCCCUCCCCUUUAUGUCGGUAGUGUUUAGAGUAACAAUGAUCAUGAUGAGAAUAGACUGUGUAGUUGCGUCUUUCUUAGUCUCGUUGGCAGCAGACUUUUAGGGUGCCCUUUUUCGUGCAUGUACCUUGCUUAGUGCUGAUCGGCCACACGCAGAGGAGCUUCAGACUGAUUCAUACCACGUGUGGAACCACCGUGUCUGUCUGUCUAUGUCUUUGUACAGUGAGAAAGCAGGAUGGGGAGAUCCUUUAUGAAUAGAGGGAGGGAGGGAGGGAGACAGGAGAUGCUCUAGGAGGCAGGUAGAGAGAGGCCCAGACAGGUGGUUGGAGAGACAGACGGGUGGUCAGAACAGGACGGCAGUGGUUGGGGUUGGUCUGCUGAAGAGAGUGGCAACUCCCUCAGCAGGGUGCUAGAAUAACUACCCCCAGCCAACCCCUCCCUCCACAGUGUACCGGUCGGAGCGGGAGUGGGUGGGGAGGACGCCCCAGUGAUGUUGUGGGGGAGGGGGUGCUGUGAUUGGUGUCGGCUUGCGGAUGUGUGUUCUGAUCAGCACAGCAAUAUGUAGUCAACUACAAGCAUCUCUCUCGGUUGAAAUAUUGUUAAUUGCAAAAUCGAUGAUUACUAUUAUUAUUGUUGUUAUGGUGUCUAUUUUUUUUAUCCACGUACGUCUGUUAUUUUCACCGCUACAGAAAAGACUUAAAAGAAGAAAAAAAAACAAAAUUAUCAACAAUGUGGAACAAUGUUUUUACAGGAAGAAAAAAGGCUAAAAAUUUCUCAUUUUCAAAUGAAAGCUUCUGCUUAACACAGACAGAGGGGGACACUAUAUGGCAGCAUCUAAUUUUGUCUGUAAUGUUAAAUCUUUCUCCUCUCUCACUCUCCCCUGUUCCCCCUGUCUCCUUUUUCCUAAUUUUGAUUUGGCUUCAGAAUUGACAAAAGUGUAAUGUCAGAUUGGUUCAGUAAUGUGAGGUGACAACAUGUAGCAUAAGUUUGCUCACCCAGCAUCACUUGUCCUCUGCACUGCCCUGUUCAUUUUUCCAUCUUGGUAGCUUACUCUCAGAACCUGGUCAUCUCCCAUUGUAGAUUUAUUUCAGCGGUUUUUAAGACUGGUGUGAUGCUCUAUAUAUAACUGCACCAUUUUUUUCUUAUUUUGAUUUCAAUGUUCUCAGAUGUUUAAAAAAGCUGAUCUUUGUAAUUUCCAGAUUUCUCAUAUUAAGGUGGUAAUAAAUAGAUGUUACACACAA